AUGACCGACCUUCUCACUCCUCCGGCAUCCCGCCAGAACUCUGAAUCGCCUGAGGCGCAGAUCAAGCAGAGUUCCGAGGCCGAGUCAUGCACGGAGCUGAUACAAUCGCUGGACCGUCUUUUAGAGCGUUAUCUUGAGCUGCUGGAUCGACACCAGAAGCUGCAGGUAGAGCUGGCCAAGAAGCUAUCAUCGGAUAGUGGUGAAGUGGAUGACAAGCAUCAGCUGGGCGGUUCCGAGCACAUGUUCGCCGUGGAGGUUGCUACGAGCAACCCACCAGUCCAUCAGUCUGAAACCAAUAACGACGGCCAAGAGACCGAAUCAGAAAUCGACAACACGGAUGAAGAUCAAUCAAGUUCAGCUCCCGAGCCGAAGAUGCCCAACGAACGACCUCGUUUCUCUAAUCCCAUCCAUUGGUAUGGUGUCUUGGUGCCCCCUUCUCUUCGCAGCGCCCAAGCCUCUUUCACGGAGGCUGUAGACCAAUGCUUGCCUGAAUUGGCGAGUGUUGUUGUGCAGAUGCAGUCCGUGGAAAGGGAGGUAGAGCGUCUGCGAAGCGAGUUAGGUCAAGCAUACCUCAAUGAUGCAAGCUAG